CAGGGAAUGUUAGGCCAGUUGUGUGGAUGCAGGCCUUCAAACUACGAAAGUGACCAACAUAUACGUAACAAGACUCAGCCUAACCCUGGUGACAACGUGACAGGUGGGGAGUUUUCCUGUAUACAACAUUCAAUGGGGACGCUGUUUAAAGGUCUGCCAAAAACCCAAGUGAGCCAUGCGGGGACUUUAUUUUGGGGGGGACCAGCAUGAGUAUACUAGGAGUCCUAGUCCACUGGCUUUUGCUGGUGGGGUAACUCUGCUUGCUGUGAAAGACCCACGUGCCACCGUAGGCUCACUCCAAAAACGUGUGGCAAUGUUUCUGUAUCAAAUAAUUUAGUAACUAAUUAAUAACAGAAACUGGAAAAACUGGGACAAGGCAGGUAGAUGCGUUAAAGGACCCACAGAAUCCAAAGGUGGGAAACAUGAUUACCUAAAUGGGUCGACUCCUUUAUUCAACAUGACUCCAGGGUUGUGGGGGUCUGUAGCCUAUCCCAGAAGCUACAGGUGAACGGCAGGAGAAUAUCCAGGACAAGGCACCAACCCAUCACAGAACACACAGACACACCAUUCAGCAAGAUGGGCAAUUUGGCAACUCCAAUUCACCUUUACUUCACCUUGAACAGGGCCAUUAAUCCUAAUUGCUGCUGGAUGACCCUGCUCUCUGACUCCAAGCUUCAUCUCUAAUACAUUACCUUGAAGAAAAAUACCUAUUAAAAUAUACACAUGUAAAUUAAAGGGUAAUACUCACAUGAAUAUCUUUAUGUCUAUUUAUGGUAUGUAAUUAGCUGCUUGGAUUAGAAGUAUUAGAAAUGGCAUGAAGCAUUCAAAGGACUAAUACAUUUUGGAAGGUGUGUGAAUUGUGUUAGGAAAUAUUUAAAAUAGGUUGAAUGUUAAUGUACUGUAUUUGUGAUCAAAACAUAGGUAUGGAGCUGUACGGGACUGUUGAGUUUAAAACCUGAAAAGCCGAACAAGAUACACCUUUUUCAGGUAUUGUAGGCAAAUUUUAUAUGGUGUUCUCAAAAUGGCAGAUUGAUAUAUUUCAAGUGAUGUCUUUCUAUGUGUAAUGAAAACUAUUUACUCCUGAAACGUUGCCCUCUGACCUAGCUUAAAUCCACCAAUUGGAAAACAGUACACUCACACGAGCGCAUAUUCGUGUCCAAUCAUAAAUCCGUUUGUAAGGAGGCGACUCUGCAGCGUCCAGUCGCUUCCUGUUGAAAGUACAUGCCUGUGCUGCGAUGGAGGCGUUGGUGCUGCCGGAGGAUGAGUCCCACAAAGGCAACGGGGACACAGUUAAAGUCCCCGACAGACUGUUAAAGAGAGAACAAGUAAGGCAAGAGGAGGUUGAGCGACGUAAGGAGGCCAAAGAAAGCAAAUCGGUUGCGGAAGAGAAAAUCGAUUACUUUUCUAAUGCUUUUGGCACAGAAAGAGUCACAGUUGAAGAGCUGUUGUCCGGCUGCUCCGCAGAGAAUGGCGGCGCCGCCGCUGCGGUCCUGGAAGACGUCUCCUCCAGGAUCCAGCGCCUACAGAAAUUUCUCAACGACAGCAUGCCUUUCCUCACCCAGUACGAGCUCCGCCAGGCGCAGGCGUCGCUACAGAAGCUGCAGGGCGCCCUGGCCGACAAGCGGGAUGAGGUGAUGCCCAAGAAAAGGUUCGCUUUCCGAUCGCGGAACUCGGCGCCGAGCAAAACCAAGAUGUCCAGCGCGCUUCCGGCACAGCCUGCGGCGGAGAAGGGCGGCAGCGCAUUCGUGGACGGCGCCGGGGUCGGCGUGACAGGACAGUGCGGCUUUUCCAACGUCUCCAGCCAGGUUCUGAGCAAAGGGCCGGAUGAGAUCUGGAAGCGGGACGUGCUCCUGACGCACCUGACGGGCUGCCGGGUGAGGCUUUACGGCGCGCCCAGCACCCUGCACAUAAAACACAUCCGCGACUCGGAGAUCCUGUGCGGACCCGUUUCCGGCUCGGUCUUCGUGGACGAUUGCUCCGGCUGCACGCUCGCCGUCCCCUGUCAGCAGCUGCGGACCCACAACACCGGCGACACCCGAAUCUACCUGCAUGUCACCAGCCGAGCGAUCAUCGAGGACUGCACUGGGGUUAGCUUCGCCCCUUUCAGCUGGACUUAUCCGGCUUUGGACGCCGACUUCGAGGCUUCCGGACUGGACAAGUGCAGAAACAACUGGAGCCAAGUGGAUGACUUCAACUGGCUGGCGGCGGAUACGCCGUCCCCGAACUGGACGCUCAUUCCCGAGUCGGAAAGGAGGACCAGCUGGGACUGAUUUAUGUAUUAUGCUGGCCUAGCGUUCAUUGACGAGGGCAGUGGUUGUAUGUCCUCUAAACACGAUAUAUUUAUUUUCACUUAAUUUACAAGCAAUUAGCAAGCCCAGAGAUAAAGCCAGUAUUCUACUAACCUGAACUAUGAUUAAUGCCUCAAUCUAACAGGAGACAGCUCAUGAUGUUUUUUCAGCUAAUUCUUGGGAUUACCUGCAGGAAAACCAUGAAAUAAAUCUCCAUUAUCAGCCUUUA